GAACAGCAACACCAUGGAGAUGAUACAGCAGAAAUCAAACUGUUGAAAAAUCGUAUUAGGAAACUGGAACAAGUACAAUCCCGCCAGAGCAUAAAAAGUAAGUAAUUACAGCACAGGAGUAAGUGUGAAGAAAUACCAGCUCCACUUGUCCUGUAAAGCACUUUUCCAAGGGAGGAAUGGAGAGGGCUGAAGAUACAGAACCAGCUGUAUCUAUUUCUCAUAUCCCUUUCAAAGGCAGGGGGGAAGGUUGGGUUAGGAUACAGACAACACCUAUGAAGAUUUCUGUGCUUUGAAAAUAAGAGUUGAAAUUUGAUAAUUAAAUUUUAAAGUGUCAAUACACCAAUAUCAGUAGCAACUUAUGUACCAUUAUAAAAGUGAUAAACUUACAUGAUCUAAGCAUCAAUUUGAUUAUAAGGAAAAGUGUAAUUGUUUUUCGAGAAGGGGAGGUGGGGUGUGAAAGAUCUUGUGGCAGACUUCAAUAUAACCAGAGACAUUGGAGAACUCAAGAUUUCAGGCUUAGAACUUUUUGGAAACAAUACCGGUUUUGACUUCUGUGAAUGUAUAAAUAUAUUACAAUCAAUGUCAUUCGACAGAGGUUUUAGUCACCACAUUUCUGAGGUCAUCUCUGGCUUCCUUUGAUUUUAUAACUACUGAAAAAUGCGGUUCCUUUAACAGCAAACAGAGAACAUGCUUACCAGAAAGUUUUACUAAAAGGCCAGGUAUGUAGAAUAUUAUCACGUAUGCAGAUUCAGUUGAGGGAACCCUCUUCCAACUCUGGUGUUGUACUGUUUAUUAUUAUUAUUAUUAUUAUUAUUAUCAUUAUCAUUAUCAUUAUCAUUAUCAUUAUCAUUAUCAUUAUCAUUAUCAUUAUCAUUAUCAUCAUCAUCAUCAUCAUCAUUAUUAUUAUUAUUAUUAUUAUUAUUAAUAUUAUAUUGAUUUCAUUAAGCUUGAUUAGAUGGCACCAUAUAUGUGCAUAAGGUAUUUUCUGGGUGGAGGGACCUUAUACAGCCAAAAUCUUAUGAGGAAAAAGAUCUCUGAGGUUAAUUCUCCUAAUCCUUUCUGUCUCAGCCCAGAGUAACUUAAAAGGAAUUUGUAUUUUCGUCAUUGUGAAUUAAGCUAGGGUUAAACACUCGGUUUAUAUUUGUCUCCAGUCAAAAACCUGGGAAGUAGAACCUGUGGAAAAUAAAAUUGAAGAAGCACUUCGUCGUUGGGAUGCGGACAAGAUUGGUAUCCCUGAUUAUGCCUUGGAAUCAGCAGGUUGGUACUUGAUUUAGUGCUGAAAUUUAACACCAACCUUUAUGUCUAAUUCAUCAUGUUCUUUAUUUGGUUGGAAUCACUUGAAAGGUGGUCAGAUACACGGUUCAAAUCAUUCUCCUACCUUUGCUAAUGGAGCCAUUCCUCAAGUGUUAGUGUUUGGUAUAGCUGUGUGGUAUGAAGUCAAGCUACCAAGGGUGAUCAUUCAGGUCAGUAGCAGAGCAGAUAGCGAAGUACUCUAUGGUCUGUUCUCCGGAAGCCUUAGUGUUUCCGAGUUGGCGUGCAUUUACAUGGAUUUCUCAUGAUUUUUAAGUAAAGUCACGAUUUCAGGUUGCUUAGUAGAGUAAUUUACAAAUGAGUCGCGAAAAUUAUUUUAAAUUUUCUGUUAGCUUUACUUCGCCCUAUGAUUGGUCCAGAAAACUCGCGUCAUUCUCUCAACCAAUCAGAUGCAAAAGUAAAACCAAUCAUGCCUUGCUCACCCGCAGCUAGUUCAUUUUUACUUAGCCCUCCCAUUGAUUCCUUGUGAUAUUUUCCCUUGCUCUGAUUGGCUGUGGUGAUAAUUUGGUUUUGUUUCACGAAACUCUGUCAAAAAGUGCUCAAAAGCUCCAAGUUUUGGCAGUCACGCUGUACACGUCUUAAUACAUCGUCAGUCAGCUUGCACCGCGCGAGCAUACAAAUAUUUGUAUUUCAUUUCCAAGAUUUGUUUUGACUUUGUUUUUCUUCGUUUAAUUUUAGCCUGGAAGCACCCCUGGAGAAUGUUGGGCUUUUCAUGGGAGCUCUGGUUUUGUCGUGAUCAAGGUUGAUAUCAAUCGAUGUUUAAUUAUACAUUUUGACAUCUCCAUUUGUUAUUCUUUUUUUUGCUAGUUUGUUGUGGUGAACGUCACUGUUUGCAGCUCGGUGGAACAUGCAACCAAUCACAAACAAUGUAACAACUACAAUACUACAACUACUUACAAUACUACAAUGCUGCAUCAACGCUACAGUUACGUACAAUUAAUGACGGCAUGAUGGUCUUGCAAGUUAGCUUGCAACCAGGCCCUCUUAAUUAGUACUGUAGGACGCGCUUUUUUCCGCCUGCGGGAGGAGUUGAGACGAGCUGGGGAGAGAUUUGUUUGCCGGGGGUCUGAAAUUUCAGUGCUAGCCCUUUUUAACUCGUGAAUUGCGCGCAUGCGCAAGAGCGAGUUAUAGAUACCAUGUGGGGAAUGGCAUUCGCUCGCUCGCUCGCUCGCUCGAUUGGUCGAUUCCUGUAAACUUUUUUUAGAUUUUAGGCUUUUGAGUGCAUUUGAUAGUUUUUAGCGAACAGUAAACAGAAGAAAUGGCGACCUUUGUUGCUAAGAAUAGUGGUGGGGUGAAAAAGAAGCCAAUGAUAAUCUUAAAAGAGUUUUUCUUUUCGUUUUAGUUUCAACAAGCGGCGCCAGCGACUGGCAGGCAUGCAAGGAUUCACACUGAAAUAACAGAACAACCUUCGUUUUUCAUAAAAUUGUAAUUUACAAUCCUUGAACUCGAAAACAAUCCGAAGAUUCAUUGAAAAUAUUACUUACUGCGAAGCGCUCGAAGUUUACAGAUGUUCAAAAGCUUUUUCUAUUAUGGCGUGAGAUUGAGGACAAAAUUGAUCAUUACGUUUCGUCGCGUGUGUUUUUCCUGUGUGAAGCAACAGAAGAUGCCGGCGACUGACGAAAUUACAAGUUAACACGAAAAUCAGAUAACACCUAAACAAACAAUUUUAGCUACCGAUGUUCAGUGAAUUUUUAAAGAACAGUUUUCUUUUAAGUUUCAAGACAAUUUGAAGAUUCAACAUACAUACAACGUACUAAAAUGCGAAAGUUACACACCACAAAAUUGAUAAAUAGGCCUGAAAUGAAAUUCUAUCUUGUUAUUGAUUAUACGUUGCCUAGCACGUGACUUAAAUCUACCCAGGCGGAGAUCCAAAAUGACGGUGGCAGGCUUGGCUUAGUUAUAUCACUCAAAACUCGUUCCAGUUUGUCUGAUUUGAUAAAGAGGGAAUCGUUAAUGUUUUCAUUAAGACAGUAUUGCCUUGAUUUUCUAAUAUUUAAAAUGAAAGACAGUACAUUUCACUUUUCACCCACAUUUACUUCCAACCUUUUCUUUUGAACCAGAAACAAGAAUAAUAGACGUUUAAAACACAUGACAUCAUCCACCUUGUCAAAUGUAAUAGCAUGAUCAUUUCAAUUGUAAUGCCUUCUUAUCCCAACGUUACUUUGUUUCUUUGCUACAUUAGCGAAUGCUGAACUACUGCUCGUACUCUAGAUAUGACAAUCAACCACAAAAUUCCCUAAACCAGAUAACAUUAAACAUCAUGUGUCAAAAUCAUGUGUCAAUUCACGAGUUUACUCACAGAGCACUUUGAUUGUUUUAGGCUUAAUACUUUCUCGCGGGUGAAGAAACACUCGUGCCGAAAUAGGGCCCGCUCGCAGGCCAUGGCCAAUUCAGGCAAUUAAAAACAAACAUUACUUACAAUUCAAUCGUUUACUCACAAUACGUACACAGCAUUCCGACUAUUUAUAUGAAAGUUGGAACAAAUAAAUAACUGAUAGAGAACAAAAAAAUUACUUGUAGUCGAUGAAAUAAUACUUUAUAUUGUUUUUUUUUUUACCAGCUUUCCCGUUUGAUCAAACCCACUUCUUUCACAUUGGAACACAUGGCCACAACUUUGUCCCAGUUUGAAGAUCACAGUAUUCCAAGUGCGCCUAAAGAAUUCUCUGUCUGGGUGAGUAAGGAACACAAUCACUUAAGCAAAGCUUGUUUCAAUUCGCAGUGUCACAGAUUUUCACAGAAAUUAUUUAUCCCACACGAAGCGAAUUUUCGGUGCGACUUGUCAUGUGUAAGAUGGUCUGGAAACGCGCUCUACCCUCUCAACCAAUCAAAUGCCAUACUAAGCCCAACCACGACCUGGUCGUCCGCGUUUUCCCGCGCGUUUGUCGGCUUGUUUUUACGAUGAGUUUUCGUUGGCUCUUUACGGUAUUUUGCUAUCUUCUGAUUGGCGGUUAUGAUUACUUUGAUAUUCCUUUAAGGAUACUCAGUCGAAAAGCGUGCUAACAUCGACAAAACCUAAUCUACGUCAAUCCCUCGAUUGCACUUUCCGGGUCCUUAAACUAUGCUGCGGUGAUGUUUGCAAAGCUUUUUUGAGUAUGAUCAGUACAGACUGACACGAAUUCUCAAUUAGUUUGGUUGGUUAUCAACAAUAAACUGUUAAAGGCACCUUAGCCCACCGCAGCAAAUUUUCCACGGCUGACGUUUGGAGAGUGAGCUCUUCCUCAAACAGUCAGCUCUUCGAACAUUCGCUACGGCGGCAACUUUUUGUUUCACUUGUCCAUCACCGCUUCCCAACAGUUUCUUCAUAAACUCAUAACCGCGUUCAUUUGCCUUUCCACAGGGCUGGGCUGAUGCCCGUGGUAGUGAAAAGGUACUAUUGGGCGAGUAUUUGUAUAAUGAUAGAGGACACGCUCUUCAAAAUUUUCCUGUACAGGUGAGGAUAAAAUAGUGCUUCCAAGUUGAUCCCACCGAUGAUCGUUACAGCUGUUACUAAGUACUUGAGUGAUGUUUUUUUCGCUUUUGGGUUUAGGCAACCACCGUACCAGAAUUUCGAUAUAUUGAGCUCAAAGUGCUUUCCAACUAUGGGAAUCCUGCCUUUACCUGCCUGUACAGAUUUAGAGUGCACGGACUGCCGUACAAAACAGAUAACUGA